UGCCCCAGGCCAGAAUCAAGGGAGGGUGAAGCACCGCCGCCGUCUCCGCUGCCGCACAAAGACGAGAGGAAGAGGUUCCCGGCGCCUCCACCACCAUGUCGUCGAUGAUGAACGCGCUGGCGAACUGGCUGGCGAACCCGCGCCGCAACCCGCUGGCGCGCCUCCACAUGCACGCCGUCUCCUCGCGCCUCAGGAAAUACGGACUGAGGUACGACGACCUCUACGACCCCUACUUCGAUCUGGACAUCAAGGAGGCGCUCGGUAGGCUGCCUAGGGAGGUGGUCGACGCCCGCAUCCAGCGCCUCAAGCGUGCCAUGGACCUCUCCAUGAAGCACCAGUACCUCCCGGAGGACCUCCAGGCACAGCAGGUUCCAUUCAGAGGAUAUUUGGGUGACAUGUUGGCGUUGGUGAAAAAGGAAAGCGCCGAGCGUCAGUCACUGGGAGCCCUUCCACUAUACCAGAGGACACUUCCCUAGGGUGUUGGAUAGACAUGGUCGCAAGUAUUCUACCUCUUUACCGCAAAUCAGAACGCAUCAAAUAAAAUGCAGUGGAUGAAACUGUUUUUUUUUUGUUCCAACCAAAGUCUAAUUUUACUUGUUCAUGCCAUGGUGCAUUAACCAUGGGCUGUAGCUGUUGUUUUCAGCAAAUUUGUCUUCAACCAUUAUUAACCUGUGAAA